AUGGGGGGAGGUGGCGGAUUCUUGAGGGAUCCUGCCCACCGGACCCCAGGGAGGGUCCGAGGCCAGUCUUAUCACCCCUGGAGGACUCCUUCGGCCCUGCGGGGUCCCACUGUGGCCCGAGGCUGGCAGCGGGGCUCUGGGGGCUGGGAGACUGGGGACCGGCCUCAAGGCCUCACAGCCGGAGACUACAACUCCCAGGCGGCACCGCGGCGGCGGCGGCGAGCACGUCACUCAGGCAUCGCCGGCGGCCCCGGGAAGCGCGGCCUCCCGCAGCCCCCGGCCCCUCCCCCAUGGAGGAGGAGGUGGGGGGGGGCGGCCAAGGAGUGGGGCGCGACCCCCGCGGGGCCCGUCUGGACCGCUGUGUUCGACUACGAGGCGGCGGGCGACGAGGAGCUGACCCUGCGGAGGGGCGACCGCGUCCAGGUGCUUUCCCAGGACUGGGCCGUGUCCGGCGACGAAGGCUGGUGGACCGGGCGGCUACCCAGCGGCCGCGUGGGCGUCUUCCCCAGCAACUACGUGACCCCCGGCCCCCCCGCCGCGCCCGCGGGCCUGCAGCUGCCCCAGGAGAUCCCCUUCCACGAGCUGCAGCUCGAGGAGAUCAUCGGGGUAGGGGGCUUCGGCAAGGUCUAUCGGGCCCUGUGGCGUGGCGAGGAGGUGGCCGUCAAGGCCGCCCGGCUGGACCCUGAGCGGGACCCGGCAGUGACAGCAGAGCAGGUGCGCCAGGAGGCCCGGCUCUUCGGAGCCCUGCAGCACCCCAACAUCAUUGCCCUCAGAGGCGCCUGCCUCAGCCCCCCACACCUCUGCCUGGUGAUGGAGUAUGCCAGGGGGGGCGCGCUGAGCAGGGUGCUGGCGGGUCGCCGGGUGCCCCCUCACGUGCUGGUCAACUGGGCCGUGCAGGUGGCCCGGGGCAUGAACUACCUACACAAUGAUGCCCCUGUGCCCAUCAUCCACCGGGACCUCAAGUCCAUCAACAUCCUUAUCCUGGAGGCCAUCGAGAACCACAACCUCGCAGACACGGUGCUCAAGAUUACGGACUUCGGCCUCGCCCGCGAGUGGCACAAGACCACCAAAAUGAGCGCUGCGGGGACGUACGCCUGGAUGGCUCCGGAGGUCAUCCGUCUCUCCCUCUUCUCCAAAAGCAGUGACGUCUGGAGCUUCGGGGUGCUGCUCUGGGAGCUGCUGACAGGGGAGGUCCCCUACCGUGAAAUCGACGCCUUGGCCGUGGCAUAUGGCGUGGCUAUGAACAAGCUGACGCUGCCCAUCCCCUCCACCUGCCCCGAGCCCUUUGCCCGCCUACUGGAGGAAUGCUGGGACCCAGACCCCCACGGGCGGCCAGAUUUCGGCAGCAUCUUGAAGCAGCUGGAGGCCAUCGAGCAGUCGGCCCUGUUCCAGAUGCCGCUGGAGUCCUUCCACUCGCUGCAGGAGGACUGGAAGCUAGAGAUCCAGCACAUGUUCGAUGACCUCCGCACCAAGGAGAAGGAGCUGCGGAGCCGCGAGGAGGAGCUGCUGCGGGCGGCGCAGGAGCAGCGCUUCCAGGAGGAGCAGCUGCGGCGGCGGGAGCAGGAGCUGGCCGAGCGCGAGAUGGACAUCGUGGAGCGCGAGCUGCACCUGCUCAUGUGCCAGCUGAGCCAGGAGAAGCCGCGGGUCCGCAAACGCAGGGGCAACUUCAAGCGCAGCCGCCUGCUCAAGCUGCGGGAAGGCGGCAGCCACAUCAGCCUGCCCUCCGGCUUCGAGCAUAAGAUCACAGUCCAGGCCUCUCCAACCCUGGAUAAGCGGAAAGGAUCCGACGGGGCCAGCCCCCCCGCGAGCCCCAGCAUCAUCCCCCGGCUGAGGGCCAUUCGCCUGACCCCCGUGGAUGGUGGUGGCGGCGGCAGCAGUGGCAGCAGCAGUGGUGGCAGUGUGACAUGGGGCCGCAGCGGGCCCCCAAAGAAGGAAGAACUGGUUGGGGGCAAGAAGAAGGGCCGCACGUGGGGGCCCAGCUCCACCCUGCAGAAGGAGCGGGCUGGAGGAGAGGAGAGGCUGAAGGCCCUGGGGGAAGGGAGCAAACAGUGGUCAUCGAGCGCCCCCAACCUGGGCAAAUCCCCCAAACACACCCCCAUCGCCCCUGGCUUCGCCAGCCUCAAUGAGAUGGAGGAGUUCGCGGAGGCGGCGGGCGGCGGCAGCGUGCCCCCCUCCCCGUACAGCACCCCGGCCUACCUCACGGCGCCGCUGCCGGCCGAGCGCUCCCCGGGGCCGCCCCCCGCGCGACCCGCGCCCGGCGGCCGGCGGCGCUGCGAGCUGGCCCUGCUGGGCUGCGCCUCGCUGCUGGGCGCCGUGGGCCUGGGCGCCGACCUGGCCGAGGCGCGCGCCGCUGACGGCGAGGAGCAGCGGCGCUGGCUCGACGGGCUCUUCUUCGCCCGCGCCGGCCGCGGCCCACCCGCCCGCUCCCCAGGCCGCCGCGACGACCCCGGCCCGGGCCUGGCGCCCUCGGCCACCCUCGUGUCGCUGUCGUCCGUGUCCGACUGCAACUCCACGCGCUCGCUGCUGCGCUCCGACAGCGACGAGGCCGCGCCGGCCGCGCCCUCCCCGCCGCCCUCCCCGCCCGCGCCCAGCCCCAACCCCCUGGUGGACCUGGAGCUGGAGAGCUUCAAGAAGGACCCCCGCCAGUCGCUCACGCCCACCCACGUCACGGCCGCGCGCGCCGUGAGCCGCGGGCACAGGCGGACGCCGUCGGACGGGGCGCUGGGGCAGCGGGGGGCGCCCGAGCCCGCGGGCCCCGGCCCUGGCCCUAGAGACCCCCUGGACUUCCCUCGCCUGCCCGACCCCCAGGCCCUGUUCCCAACCCGCCGCCGGCCCCCCGAGUUCCCUGGCCGCCCCACCACCCUGACCUUCGCCCCGAGACCCCGGCCUGCCGCCAGCCGCCCCCGCCUGGACCCCAGGAAACUGGUCUCCUUUGGCCGGACACUCAGCAUCUCGCCUCCCAGCAGGCCGGACAGUCCGGAGAGCCCCGGGCCCCCCAGCGUGCAGCCCACGCUGCUUGACAUGGACAUGGAGGGGCAGAGCCAGGACAGCACCGUGCCCCUGUGCGAGGCCCAGGGCUCCCGCUGAGGCCACCGCCCGCCGGGGCAGCCGUGAAUGUAGCGCCCCAGGCCCCGCCGCGGCCCGCCAGGCCCAGGCGGGAGGCCCUGGGCAGGAUACCCGCUCUAUUUAUUGGGGAAGGGGGGAGGGGGGACACUUAAUUUAUUCCUUUGUACCCCAGGGGGUGGGGCCCUGCACCCGCCCUGCAGCGGGGGGAGGGGGGCCGGGACACUCAGGGACAGGGCAUCGCGGGGGAUUUGGCACAAAUGCAGCAUUAAAGGUAGCCCCUGCCCCCUA